AUGAGGAGGACCAAAAAGGUGAAGCUUGCAGCCACGGAGUUUUCCAACUAUGCUCUUGAGUGGUGGAACAAGCUACAAAAAGAGAGAGCAAGAAAUGAAGAGCCAAUUGUUGAUACAUGGGCGGAGAUGAAAAGGAUUAUGAGGAAGCGGAUCCCAGACCCUAAGAGGGUUAAACUUGCAAGUAGAGCCUAUGAAUGUGUGUUCAUUGGUUAUGCUAUUAAUAGCAAGAGUGGGGGUACUUCAUCUAGUCAUCUUCCUGCUAUUAGUAGUGAAAAUCUUGCACAACCAGAACCAGAUAUAGAGCCUCGAAGAGGUAAGAGAGCAAGAAUUGCUAAAGAUUAUGAGCCCGAUUAUAUGGCCUAUACAUUAAAGGAGGAUCCAUCAAACCUCCAAGAAGCUUUGUCUUCUUUGGAUGCUGACUUGUGGUUUUCCAGUAGACCUAGUAUGGAGCACUGGCACGCUAUUGAAAGGGUAAUGAGGUACCUUAAAAGAACCAUAAACCUUGGAUUACAUUAUAAAAGGUUUCUCGGUGUACUUGAAGGAUACAGCGAUGCAGAUUGGAACACUCUUUCAGAUGAUUCCAAAGCAACCAGCGGCUAUAUAUUUAGCAUAGCUGGUGAGGCUGUUUCUUGGAAGUCAAAGAAACAGACUAUCUUAGCUCAGUCCACUAUGGAAUCUGAGAUGAUAGCACUAGCAACUGCUAGUGAGGAAGCAAAGUACUUAGGCUACAGGAGUACUUUUGAUAGACUCACCUAUGUGAAUGCUGAAGUGGAGGCCGCUUCAUAUGAAAUUUUGGGCAAAAAUUUCUAG